AUGGAUCUCCCAUCUCCGACCUUCUCCUUUACCAUCCCCUCAAUUUAUGAUGGCUGCAAACUGGAAUGCCGCCUCUACCUCCCGCGCACCCUGCAACAUAUAGAACCGCCCCCUGCAUCCAUCACAGGUGCCAUCGUCGCCCAUCCGUACGGGCCACUCGGAGGUUGCUACGAUGACCCAGUGGUGAGCUUUGUGGGCGGCGAGCUGUUGGACACGGGCUGUGUUGUGGGCACCUUUAACUUCCGCGGCGCUGGUGGCUCAGAGGGACGGACCAGUUGGACCGCCAGGCCUGAAUUGGGGGACUAUGUAUCCUUCUACGGGUUCAUGUUACAAUAUCUGCAUCUGCUACGCUCUGCUUUCGCUCCGAAGGAGAGACCACCCCAAGAUGCAACCCCCGGCGUCCGACUCAUUCUGGGAGGCUACUCUUACGGCUCACUGGUCGUCUCGCACGUUCCGACCGUGGAUGCCAUGACCGAUCUGUUCCAGUCCGAUCCAAGGACAGGAUCACCCCGCGGCGAUAUUGGCAAAACGGCCAAGACGGCUGCUACACGCUCGAUCGAGACCCUCCAAAUCACCCACCCUUCCAGUCUGGACGACGUCCCGGCCCUCAGUCCGGGUAACACCCAGAUCUCGUACCUCCUCGUGUCACCUCUUCUGCCCCCUGUCAGCCAGUUGCUGACGGUGUUCUCGACCCUGUCGCUGAGCGUGACAUCAGCCCAGGGCAGACACAUCGCCUGUCCCCGUCCGGCCGACCAGCUGAGCACGCACCGCAGUCUAGCUCUGUUUGGCGAUUCGGACACCUUUACGUCAGCCCGCAAACUGCGGAGGUGGUCAGACGAGCUGGCACACAUGGCACACAGCCAGUUUCAGUACCGGCAGAUCGGAGGCGCAGGCCAUUUCUGGCGAGAAAAAGGAGUCGAGACGCGAGCCCGACACGUGCUGCGGGAGUGGUUAAUGGACAUGUGA